GCCUGAUAGCAGUCAAGAACGACGAGAUGGGCGAAAUCAUCUUGGACCCGAGCAUCCGCGACUGGGUAGUGCUCCCCAUGAUUCUUCUCUUCGUGUGUUCGGCCAUGGCACGGAACUACGUGUCUGUGUUGCUGAAGACGGAAGAAGUUGGCGCGCUUGAAGAAGUGCGAAAAAUCCAAGCGUUGCGAAGGGCAAGCCAAUUGCGCAUGAAUUGCCGGUACAUCCAGCCGAGCGCGUUUGCGAUGCGCAAGUUUUACUUUACGUCGUCGGAGAAGAAGGAUGGUGUCCAAGGGUUGCUGCGCGAGAAGGUCAAGAGCGAUGCAAUGAACCAAAUGAUGAACCCUGCCGGCAUGAUGAAAAUGAUGAAGGGGAACAUGACUUUCAUGGUCUCGAACUUUGUCAUGAUGGGACUCGUGGGGUACUUUUUCGGCGGCUUCGUUUUGCUCAAGGUGCCUUUCUCGCUCAGCCAGCGCUUCAAGGCAAUGUUGCAGCGCGGAAUCGACAUGGCGACGCUGGACGUGUCAUACGUGUCGUCGCUGUCGCUGUACUUCCUCAUCAUGUUUGGCAUGAGCGGGUUCAUGUCUCUUCUUCUCGGCAAAGGAAACAUGAACGAAGACGCCAAAGCGAUGCAAAUGCAAAUGGGGAUGGGAGCAGGCGCUGGCAUGGGCUUUGACGCGCCGCGUAUGUACAAGCAGGAGCGUGUGAGCUUGAGACUUCACGUGCACGAAUAUGCCUUGGAACAUGCGGAACUAAAAUUGCUCGGUGACCCGAUUCCCGAAAAGGUGGCCGCGGCUGCGGUACCUGCAAGCGCCUCCAUCUCGGCCGCUUCGACGACGUCGUCAGCUGGCACGUCCAGUGUGCCGCGCGCCAAGCAUGCCAAGCGCGCUCGAGCGUAGCCAGGAUACAAACAAUGCAAAGAUCGGUGAAAGUAACCCUCUGCUUUAUAUCAAGUCAUGGGUUUGGUACGGGGCCUUCACUUUCACCAGCAUCUCAUCGAGCAUGGCGGUGUUCGAGUCGGUGAGAAUCUUGUGCAGCUUCGGCUUCCACUCCCGGACGCGUGUGUUGAUAAACCAGUUGUUCACUUGAUC